UGGGCUCCUGCGGGCUGCCUGCUGGGCUCUGAGGAUCAGCCUAUCCUACCAUCUCCUGGGUCCAUCCUCGGACAUCAGCUCCCAUGGCGGCCCUCACAGACUUUGCUUUUAUGUACCGCUGGUUCAAAAAUUGCAAUCUGGUUAAAAACCUCUCUGAGAAGUACGUCUUCAUCACUGGCUGUGACUCUGGCUUUGGGAACCUGUUGGCCAAACAACUGGUUGAUAGGGGCAUGAAAGUGCUUGCUGCCUGCCUCACUGAGGAGGGGGCUCAGAAACUCCUGCAGGACACUUCCCACCAGCUGCAGACCUUCCUCCUAGAUGUCACCAAGUCGGAGAACGUCAAGGAAGCAGCCCAGUGGGUGAGGGACCAAGUGGGCGAGCAAGGCCUCUGGGCCCUGGUGAACAAUGCUGGCGUGGGCCUGCCCAGUGGUCCCAACGAAUGGCUGACCACGAAAGAGUUUGUGAAGGUGAUCAACAUAAACCUGGUGGGGCUGAUUGAUGUCACCCUGAACAUGCUGCCGAUGAUCAAGAAAGCCCGGGGCAGGGUGGUCAACAUGUCCAGCUCCGGUGGCCUUGUGGCUGUAAUCGGUGGCGGCUACUGUGUCUCCAAGUUUGGUGUUGAAGCCUUCUCUGAUAGCCUGAGGCGCGAGCUUCAUUUCUUCGGCGUGAAGGUCAGCAUCAUAGAACCAGGGAACUACAAGACAUCCAUUCUGGGCCAGGAAGCUCUGGAAACACGCAUGAAGAAGCUGUGGGAUCGGCUGCCACGAGAGACCCGCGAUAGCUACGGAGAGGAGUAUUUCCAAACCUAUACUAGAAAGUUGGUUAACUUGAUGUGGACAGCAGAACCAAGAAUCAGCGAUGUCACCAACAGCAUGGAGCACGCCAUUGUCUCACGGAGCCCCCGCAUCCGCUACAACCCUGGCCUGGAUGUCAAGUUUCUCUAUCUCCCCCUGGCCAAGCUGCCCACCCCUGUGACAGAUUUCAUCCUUAGCAGAUACUUGCCAAGACCAGCAGACAGUGUUUGAGCUGGUGAGCUCAAGAGGUAGCCAGCGGAGCACAGGGGAGAGGGCAAAGGACUGUGAGAUCAUAAGAGGUGUUGUCAUAUACCUCGUGGGGAGAGAAGACCAGACUCAGCUCACUCCCACUGCAGACUGACAUCUCCUCCCGUCUGCUGGGGCCUCUACAAACCUGAUGUGGCCCCGGCUGACUUAGAGCGUUGCAGCAUAGGCCCUAAGACACCCCUCACCAAGGCAGGUACUAGUGCUCCUGGACCUGAAAAGCCAGCUUCUGUUGAAAGACAAGCUGUCACCACCUCCGUAAAACACCACGGGACAAUCUAGCCCACAGGAGAAUCUCGGCCCCUUCCCCCCACAGCUCUCAAAGCAGGCGCUGGUUUGUGUACAUAUGGAAUGUGUGACAUGGCAACAAGACCUGCCAGAGCA